AUGAAGAAACAAAGGGUAGUCAAACAAACUAAUCAAGAUUAUAUUACUACAUUACCUUAUAGUUUAUUGUGUAACAUUUUAUCUUCUCUUAAGAUCAAUGAAGCUGUCAAAACAAGUGUUCUAUCUUCAAAUUGGAGAUACGUUUUCACCAAUCCAACCAACCUUGUUUUUGAUUCAGAAAAUAUGUUAGUGAAAGAUUACUCAUUUUCAAAUAUAUGUCAAUUAAGCAAAGUAUUGAUUUUUAAUAUCAAAAUGAAGAGAGCUUCUAUUUUUGUGAGUAAUGUGAAUAAAUAUUUGUCGAGUGUUACAAACGUGCGAAAAAUCAACAAGUUAAAGAUUUGUUUCACAUUUCGUAGUAAAGGGUAUGGUUGUAGUGAUCUCGAUGAAUGGAUUCGUUUUGCGGUUGAACGAAAUGUAGAGGAGAUUGAUCUUUGUUUGUUUGAAGAGUAUCAUCUUAGUGCUCCUAAUGAUGGUCCAUGUUAUGUUUUCCCUUGUGAUAACAUUGUUUGUUUCAAUUUGUUUUUGAAGUGUUUGCGCUUAGCACAUUGUGUACUUGCUCCAAAAAAAUCAUGUUAUAGUUUUAGUACACUCGAAACUUUGGAUCUCUUCAAAGUUGAUUUGAAAUCUGAAAAACAUAUUCAAAUUUUAUUGUCGAGUUGUAACAGCCUUGAAUGGUUGAGUUUUUCGGAAUGUUAUAAUAUGGAUUACUUGAAAAUUGAGCACUCUUUUUGCAAGGAGUUAAAGUACUUGAAAGUGAAUCUUUGUCUCCAAUUGAAGGCAAUUAUUCUCAAAAGCAGCACUUUAGAGACCUUGGAAUAUGUUGGAAGCAAAGUUGAAUUCUUUUUUGACACCCCUAUGCUUAAAAGCUUCUUUGGUCGAGUCAUUGAAUCUCAAGGUCAUAAUGGUGAAAAUUGGCUAGUUUGGAAACUUUCCACCGAUCUUCCUCGCCUCAAAAAUUUGUUCCUUGAAUGCAGUUGCACGGGCGAGGUUAUGACAAAUAGAUUCCACACAUUUCAAAAUUUGAAGCAUCUUGAAGUUAUAAAAGUAGCCAUAUUUAGACAAGACUUUUCAUGGAUACCAAUUGCUCUCAAUGCAUGUCCAUCUCUUGCAAAACUUAAGCUUCAUCUAAGAACCUAUUUUAACAUUGAUGAAGAGUUAACACAUUGGUUUCCAACAAGUCCACACAAUCAUCUAAAGGAAAUAACUAUAACAGGAAUUAGAGGUCACUCAAGUGAAAUUGCAAUUGCAAUUUAUCUACUAAAGAAUGCAAUUUCCCUUGAGAAAAUGAUAGUUGAUCCUCGUCCAAGAAUUUACCUUGGAAAUGGUAAAUGUGUUUGUUCUGAAGCUAGUGAGGAUUGGAGCAUGAUUGGGAGGCACAAGGUUGAAAUUCUUCUCAAGCAAGAAGUUAGUUCAUUAGUUGAAUUGUUAAUCUUGUGA